CAAUUCAGCGGAGAAAGCCAAGCAGGCCAUCAAAAAGAAAAUGAAGAAAAAGGUACUUUGAGAUUUCUCUCUCACAGUCUCACCCAGCAUGCUUCCAAAACUGCCGGCCAUGGACGGCCAAGACCUCCUCUCCUUCUUCUCCCGUCCUUUUCCUGUCUCCCUCUUUCUUUCCCCAUACUACCCCAGAUAUUAUUCUCCUCCAUUUCUUCUUCUUCUUCUUUAUGAUCUUCACCAACACAUAAAAAAAAAAAAAUCAAAUCUUUUUCUAGACCCACCUGAAAAUGGGCUGUGUUCAAGCUAAGCCUUCCAUGAAUUCAUCACCUAAGGGCUUAGAGAAGUUGAAGUUGGAAAGUGGGUAUGUUGGAAAAGGUGGGUUUGAUGGUCCUAGAAGAUCCACUGGUCAAAGAUAUCCACACAGGGAGUCUUCUAGGAGAUAUAGGGAUGAACCCAGGUUGAACAAUGUUGAAUUUGGUGGCAAUAAUGGCAAUGUAGAAGGAGAUGAGAAGUUGGUUGGUAAGGAUGGGAAUUUGUCAAAGGGAUUAUCCAUUGGAGAGGAGGAACUGGUGGGUGGGUGGCCAAAAUGGCUUACUGAUAACAUUCCUAGGGAUGUAUUGGCUGGCUUGGUUCCAAAGAGUGCUGAGUCUUACCAUAAACUUGAUAAGGUAGGCCAGGGAACUUAUAGCAAUGUGUACAAAGCUCGGGAUAGGGACACUGGAAAAAUUGUUGCAUUGAAGAAGGUCCGUUUCGAUACAUCAGAACCUGAGAGUGUUAAAUUUAUGGCACGAGAGAUUAUGAUAUUACAGAAAUUGGAUCAUCCUAAUAUAGUAAAACUUGAAGGAUUGGCCACAUCAAGAAUGCAAUAUAGUCUUUAUCUUGUCUUUGAAUUCAUGCAGUCGGAUUUGGCUAGAAUAAUAUCCCGCCCCGAAGGGCUUACAGAACCGCAGGUGAAAUGCUAUAUGCAUCAACUACUUUCAGGUCUGCAGCAUUGCCAUGAUAGGGGAAUUUUACAUCGAGAUAUUAAAGGUUCAAACUUGUUGAUUGAUAAAAAUGGAAUGCUGAAGAUUGCGGAUUUUGGCCUUGCAAAUUAUUAUAAUCGCAAGCGUCCUCUUACAAACCGCGUUGUGACACUUUGGUACCGAGCUCCUGAGCUACUGUUAGGUGCUACAAAUUAUGGGGUGGGUAUUGAUCUUUGGAGUGCUGGAUGCCUAUUUGCAGAGAUGUUUUUAGGGAGACCAAUUAUGCCUGGCAGAACGGAGGUUGAGCAACUUCACAGGAUUUUCAAGCUAUGUGGCACACCAUCAGAGGAAUACUGGAAAAGGCUGAAGCUAUCUACAACCUUCAGGCCUCCAAAAUCAUAUAAACCCAGCCUCCAGGAAGCUUUCAGGGAUUUCCCUCAAUCCUCUCUGGGUCUGUUGAACAUUCUUCUUGCUUUGGAUCCUGCAUAUCGUGGCUGUGCAUCCUCUGCUCUCCAAAAUAAGUUCUUUUCCACAAGCCCCUUGGCAUGUGACCUUUCAGAUCUACCUGUAAUCUACAAUGAGGUUGACGAAUUGGAUCAAGCCAAUGAAUGGAGAAAUUAUAGCAAAUCUAAAAUGAAAAGACGGUCUCGUACACAACGUGAGCGCAGGAUAAAGCAUGUUUCUCGUGAAAAACCAGAAGAUUCUGUAACUUCUAAAGAGGAAAUGGAAAAGACUGCAGAGAGGAACACUCAAAGUGAAGAGCCAGGUAGCACUACAAGCAGUACCUCUGGACAGAAAGAGAGCCCAUAUUUCUCACUCUCUCCGAUUAUACCUUCUGGUCAGAAAAUGUCUCAGAGAAACCAAGGCUAUCCUAAUGGUACCAAGAACAAUAAGAACCUGCCUCCAUUGCCCAAGUCCAAAUCACGCAUCACCGAUUACAAAAAAGAGAGUAACAUGUACAGAGCAAAUCGUGUCAGCAGGUCAACAUCCACAAGAGAGUUCAGAAAUUUGGAUAAAAUGGAGAACUUGGAACUAUAAGCUGUCAACAAUUAGGUCAUGUAAGAUUUUAUCCUGCAAGGUUGAACUAUUUCUUGUCUUUUGAGUUACCAGUUUAUGCAUCUUAAGUUUCUGGCCAAUAUAUCUAUCCAGAGUGGCCCAAUACAGAUAAACAAAACUCUUUUGAGUCUCCUAGAAUGUUAUGGUUUCUAUCGUAUAUUCAUCACAUAUACUUUUGAGGUUGGUCUGGUUUUGGUUGUGCAAGAAAAAAACAACAAAACCAACUUGUAAACAUUUCCACCCCCCUAAAAUAACUCUCCUAACUGGUAGAAGCUCCAAAUUACUAUCGGAACUUCCCUCAAG